AUGACGCAGGUGCAAGUACCAGUAGUAGUACCAGCUCAAGGACAUUGUCAGGUGCAAGUACCAGUAGUAGUACCAGCUCAAGGACAUUGUCAGGUGCAAGUACCAGUAGUAGUACUAGCUCAAGGACAUUGUCAGGUGCAAGUACCAGUAGUAGUACUAGCUCAAGGACAUUGUCAGCUGAAAGUACCAGUAGUAGUACCAGCUCAAGGACAUUGUCAGGUGCAAGUACCAGUAGUAGUACCAGCUCAAGGACAUUGUCAGGUGCAAGUACCAGUAGUAGUACUAGCUCAAGGACAUUGUCAGGCUGCAAGUACCAGUAGUAGUACAGCUCAAGGACAUUGUCAGCUGAAAGUACCAGUAGUAGUACCAGCUCAAGGACAUUGUCAGGUGCAAAUACAAGUAAUAGUACCAGCUCAAGGACAUUGUCAGGUGCAACUACCAGUAGAAGUACCAGCUCAAGGACAUUGUCAGGUGCAAGUACCAGUAGUAGUACCAGCUCAAGGACAUUGUCAGCUGAAAGUACCAGUAGUAGUACCAGCUCAAGGACAUUGUCAGGUGCAAAUACAAGUAAUAGUACCAGCUCAAGGACAUUGUCAGGUGCAACUACCAGUAGAAGUACCAGCUCAAGGACAUUGUCAGGUGCAAGUACCAGUAGUAGUACCAGCUCAAGGACAUUGUCAGGUGCAAGUACCAGUAGUAGUACCAGCUCAAGGACAUUGUCAGGUGCAAGUACCAGUAGUAGUACCAGCUCAAGGAAAGCCGCAUCACAGUUCACAGAUAUCAAAUUGGAAAUACAGACACAAAAUCUCGAUGACGAUCCAGCAGAGUCUGCCAGGAACUUGA